CUGCAGCAAUUUCAUCUUGUGGCUGUUCUGCCCCACUAAUUUUCCUUCCUGGAGUGAUCUGAGUCCAUACACGCGGGUUCACAGAACUCGAACCGAGCCGAACACUUGUCCUGCACAAGCCAACUUUCUCAGCCUCACCAAGCAUGGGCGAUCCGAGUGCAGGCGCCCACCUCGCGCGUGACCCGUGUCUCUACCCCAUGGAUCCCAUGGAGAUGUCGUGCUUCGAUAUCCGCGCUGCACAUGUGCCCACGAUACCAGCACCUAGGCGUUCUCAAGAUGCCAAAGCUGCGAAGCGGAGAGGCGCGUCGUCUCCGCCACGUAUAUCACUCGCAGGGUACACAAAUGGGAAAAGCUACUGGAUUGUCAACCAGCGCUGUCGCUUGCAACCCACCCAGGAGUCACAGCUGGAGCAACAGAUGCACCAGAGCACGUGCCUCAACCUAAACGCAAAUGUGAACAGUGCAGAGUCAGACCUCUGGAUUUUGCCUGACUUUGACGAUUGGGAGGUCGACAACGAGACCCCGCAGCAGAAGCAUCUCCCAGGCGCGAAGAAGCAGAGUGCCUGGGCACCGCUCGUUAAGCGCGCCGCGAGUUCGAACCGCGAGCGCCUGCGCCGGCGGCUCGAAGGCGACGGGUGGGAUUUCGUGGGUGGCAAGUACGGGGAAGACGAUGCUGCGCUGAAAGAGGAGACCGAGGCGAGCGAGGGCAGCCAGGAGAGCGUGGACGAUGAGUUUGACGUGGUCGUCUUGCCCGUUGUCCGCGCUGCUUGCUAGCCGUUCGUUGCUCAGACACAUACGGACCAAGGCUGCUUCUUCCGAAAGUACAGCUACUUCGUUGCCUUACACCAAUCCGACAUCUGUUGCCGGGCCCAUGAUAUGGUAU